CGAGUUGAACAAAUUGACAAGAGCCAGAAGUACCCUGCAUUCCAUCCCGACCCGGGGCCGCGGUGCCCGGCGGAGUCCCUGUCCCCUGCGUCCCCCAGAACCGCGGCCCGCUUUCCGUGCGGCUCCCAGGCUCCCGCCCCAGGCCCCGGGUGACCCGAGUCGCUAGCGCUUCAUGGAGAACUUCCAAAAGGUGGAAAAGAUCGGCGAGGGCACGUACGGAGUCGUGUACAAAGCCAAAAACAAGCUGACGGGAGAAGUGGUGGCGCUGAAGAAAAUCCGCUUGGACACUGAGACAGAGGGUGUCCCCAGUACUGCCAUCCGAGAGAUCUCUCUGCUUAAGGAGCUUAACCAUCCUAAUAUUGUCAAGCUGCUCGAUGUCAUCCACACGGAAAACAAACUCUACCUGGUUUUCGAGUUUCUGCACCAGGAUCUCAAGAAAUUCAUGGAUGCCUCGGCCCUCACUGGCAUUCCUCUACCCCUCAUCAAGAGCUAUCUGUUCCAGCUGCUCCAGGGCUUAGCCUUUUGCCAUUCUCAUCGGGUUUUGCACCGAGACCUCAAGCCCCAGAAUCUACUUAUCAAUGCGGAGGGGGCCAUCAAGCUCGCGGAUUUCGGACUAGCCAGAGCCUUUGGAGUCCCUGUUCGGACGUACACUCACGAGGUGGUGACCCUGUGGUACCGUGCACCUGAAAUCCUUCUGGGAUGCAAAUACUACUCCACGGCUGUGGACAUCUGGAGCCUGGGCUGUAUCUUUGCAGAGAUGCACCUAGUGUGUACCCAGCGCUAUGGUGGGUGCUGUGGGGAACACAGAAGAAAUGGAAGACACAGUCUGUGCCCGCUGUGCUCCUAUCUAGAAGUGGCUGCAUCACAAGGAGGGGGGAUGACCGAAGUGUCUACCCCACACCCCGUGACCCGCCGGGCCCUUUUCCCUGGGGAUUCUGAGAUCGACCAACUCUUCCGGAUCUUCCGAACUCUGGGGACCCCAGAUGAAGCCGUUUGGCCAGGAGUUACUUCUAUGCCUGAUUAUAAGGCGAGUUUCCCCAAGUGGGCCCGGCAAGAUUUUAGCAAAGUUGUGCCACCCCUGGAUGAAGAUGGACGAAGCUUGUUAUCGCAAAUGCUGCACUAUGACCCCAACAAGCGCAUUUCAGCAAAGGCAGCGCUGGCUCACCCAUUCUUCCAGGAUGUGACCAAGCCAGUACCCCACCUUCGACUCUGAUGUCCUCCCCUCAACCCCUACCCUCAGGCUCGCCCUCUCCUCCAUUGUGUGCCUGGUUUGGCCCUGGGCCAUUUGGACUCAGGUGGGCCCUCUGACCUUGUCUAACUGCCUUAACACUUAACCUUACCCUCUUGGCCAGCCAGCUCUGGGAAUACAGAGAGGGGCAAGGAGAGGAGGGGAGGGAGAGAAGGAUGGAAGGAAAUGAAAGAGAAUUUCAGUAUUUGAUGCACUUAAGUCAGCCGGAGUCUCCUCCUCCUCCUCUCAGCAUUGCUGAGGAGGGCCAGUUUCCAAAAUUAGAUCAGUUCUUCCCAGCUGACCCUACAUAGAGCUUGCUAGCCCAAGCCAUUUCUGAAUGUCCCAUAAUGAUUUUUUUUUCCCUGUGUUUAGGAGUAUUAGCCCCACCCCACCCCCUUCCUGCUGUCAGUGCUUUUGUAAGGCCAUCUGAUAGUAGGGGGCAAAGGUGGGACUUUUGAAACCAAGGAAAAGACAAAGACAAAAUAGAGGGGUCUGUUUUAAGGAAUUAGGUGGGGGAAAAAUAGAUGCAACCAGUUUAUACCCUCAUUUUAAUGUUGCACCUCACCUAACAGGCUGGGAGACUCAAGACCUAACUCCAAUGGGGCUGUAAGUAGAAAUGAUUGCUCCCAACCCCCAUGUCUGCUCUUCCUCCGGCCAAGAGGAGUCUGGGAUUCUCUGGGAUAGGGUUUGUAUGGAAUCACCUAUGGCCCUUAUGAGGCAGUUGAGAGAGGUUUGAAUCCUAGUUUUUCAGUCGUCAGAGAUUCCUGCUCUCAUCUUCCUCAGGAAGCCACUCCUCUGCCCAGGAAUGGAACUUUAGAGGUCAUUGGGUUAGCCAUCAUUUUGAGGAUGCUGACACUUUUUCAGGGCUGUAACUGAGCGACAGCCCUGGGAUAAAUAUUUCUUUAAAAGAAGGAUGAACAAUUAUAUUUAUAUUUCAAGUUAUAAUCGUUUUUAAAGUCAGUGGGGGUAGGGUGAGGGGGAUUUGUUGCCAUGCGCACCUUGGGGUUUUGUAAUGGGAAUGUUUAAAAAAAUAUUUCUUUUUAUGAUUUUCUUGCUUCCCUCCCCCCCUUAUUCUUGAGUGUUCUUGCUAUUAACAUUAUUUUGUAAUUUAGUUUGUAAUUCAUUAAA